UGUUAGUACUAAGAUCAAGUCCCUAGAGUAUAACUAUGACAACUUGGAAAUGUUAAGAAAUUUUCCAGAAAUCAUGAGAUCUGGAAGGACAAGAAAAUGAUAAGACUUUUAAUCGUUUUCGUUUGCUUCCUCUCAUUGUGCAACCAUCUUUAACCCACAGUAUCUCUCUUAACACUUAACGAUGAUAUAGUCUGGGCAUUCCUCCUGGGGUCUAGGAACAGCAUGAACAAUAGUGAAUACAGAGGAGUUGGUUUGCGCAGGUCUUUCAUGUACACUGUUGAAGCAACCAAAAGCAGAACAGAAACAUUAAACAUUACCAACGGGUUACAAGCUGCAGAGCUGGAAAAAACAGUAGCAACAAUGGUACUGAAGAUAUGCAUGUUCGAGUUGCAAUGUAUAUAUUUCUAGUUUUGGUUUCUGUACAAAGGAGGACAAUAGCAUAAGAAUAUGCAUACUAUCUAAUGGUAGUUUCAAACAAGACGCAACCCCGCCACGGAAUCAAAACCAUUGUCCAAGCUACCAUAUAAAACCAUCUACGAAUAGGCAGAGAUAUAGAUACGAGAAAUGUGAGCUUCUAUACUAUAAGAACGUCCUCAUGAACCGCAUGACAGAUACUUGGAGAAGGGACCUAGAAAAACCUUUGAUGAGCAAGAAAGAACUGCCGAUGACAGUGCCAGAGAUCUUAAAAACUUGUUAACACACAAAACAGCCCAAGAAACAAUCAAUCAACUAACAGCUACUUAUUUGCAUUGCACAGUGAUAAAAAUCUAUAUUACAAACUAACAAGAUGGAUCACUGAAGCAAAACUAAAAGUAUAUUCAUUUGUUAUCUUCUUUUCAAGCAACUUAACAACUCAUUCAACUCUCAAGUCUCAAACUACUAAACGACAACGGUCUCUCACAACCACAAGUUUCUCUAGUUAUCCACAGCCACACACACAGUUUUAUCCACAAGCCCUCAUCCCAAUUCAGAAACCAAAAAACAAAGUUUCAAUCUUUCAACAUUUCGUUUGCGAAAGUUCGAAACUUUAACAAGAAAAACAGAGACCACCAUGCUUCUCAGAGUCCCUCCUCCUCCACCUUCUCUCCGGAUAAGAGCAUCCUCCUCACAACCCUCACAAGCUUCCUUCCCCACGGCGAGCUACUCAACCACCGACGAGGCUCUUCUCUCCAAAGGCUUCCUCCUCCGGCGCACCCCGCAAGGCCUAAACCUAGACCACCUCAACUCCGUCUUCGUCUCCGUGGGCUUCCCGCGGCGAGACACGGCGAAGAUCGAACUCGCGCUGCAGCACACGGACGCGAUGCUGUGGGUGGAGUGCGGGAAGACGGGAAAGCCGGUGGCUUUCGCGAGAGCGACGGGAGACGGAGUGUUCAACGCGAUCAUAUGGGACGUUGUGGUUGAUCCCAAGUUCCAAAGCUUGGGGCUUGGGAAGGCGGUGAUGGAGAGGCUGAUCGAGGAUUUGCAGAGGAAGGGGAUCUGUAAUAUUGCUCUGUAUUCGGAGCCUAGGGUUUUAGGGUUUUAUCGGCCGUUAGGGUUUGUUUCGGAUCCGGAUGGGAUCCGAGGGAUGGUGUUUGUAAGGAAACAGAGGAAUAAGAAAUGAAAAGGAAUGAACCUUUUUUUUUUUGGGAUUUAAGAUUACAAAACAGAGAAGGUUUUAAGUAGAUAAAGUUUGAAUCUUUGUGAUGGUCUCUGUAACUACUAUACUUUGUCGUGGAAACAGAGAAGCUUCUAUAAGUAGAUAAAGUUUGGAACUUUGUGAUGGAAUUGUUAAGAAGUGGGUUUGAGAUGGUGGAGGAAGGUGAUGGAGCAGAGGAUGGUGGUGAUGAGAGAGAAGAAGCCUAAGCCGAUCAUUAGAGAGAUUCCGGCGAUGAUUAUAUCCAUUGCUGUCUGCACGCUUAUUCCAAUCAUUCUCUUACAAAAUCCGAUAAGAUUUGUUUGAAGGAGAAAAGCCUUUGGCUUUGACACGUUUGCCGAGACUACCAGAGCUUAGUUCAGUUUCAUACACACAUAUACAUAUAUAUAUAGAGAGAUAUAACACGUGUAGAAUAGUUUCGAGAUUACAUCAUCCCAUGUGACUUUUCUAUCGUUAUUUGGUCGGGUUUUAUGUAUUUUACUAAAGUAAACAGCUUUUCUCUGACUGAUUCAUGGAAAGUGGAAUCAAGUUCUGGGCAUGAGUUGAGGAAAUAUUGGCAAAAGGGUAUUAUUACAGAAACCUUACAACUCUGAGUCGAGCAAACAUUGGCAAGUUUCUGUCAGGGAAAAUGGGGAAUGUAGCUAGAGAAGUAGGCAAUGUUGUUGGAGUGACUGGUCUGUAUCAGAGCAGAAACAAAAGGGAGGGAGCUUUAAUGGCUCUGCCGCCUUCAGGUUAUCCUUUAGUGUGUUUCCUAAUAACAGGAGCAAGAUCAUCUUGCUCACUCCUCUUCAGUAAAUAUAAGAAUUGGAUAGCCCUCUUAUCAACCGAGAGCAGCUACAACAAAAACAACGCAGGCAGAUAUACUCUUUAGACAUGGUACUUCCAAGACAAAGGAAAAUCCAAAUGAGAGGUCUUGGUUCUGACCAAAGAUUAAACUGC